GUCAGCGGUCACCGGUACAGGCGCGCUGGCAAGCAGGCAGCCGCCACGGAGGCUGCUCCGAAACAUGGCUUUCUCCCACGGAAAUACCAAACCGGAGGGCUACGACAUGUUUUAAAGGCGACUUGAAGCUGGAAGAGACGACGAGGAGGCAAGCCGAGGGUGGAGAAGGCAAGCAGUGUCAAAACUCGAGUUAGAAGCUCACGUUUGUUUGUUUGUAGAUGUCGGCAGCCCGCCGCGAAUACCUGUCGACUCCACUUGCCUAGUGCGACCCCCCUGACACAGAAAGGAUGGUGAUGGAGGAGGGGGGCCAAACAGAGAGAAGAAGAGUGGAUAGGCUGGCUGAAGGAGCAUCGAGAAGCCAGAUUCUGGUGGAGCUUGCGGACCAGAACCUUGAUGGAAUUUGUCUCUCUACAUAUCGAACAGCCUGCAAGCUUAGAUUCAUACAGAAGAGAUGUAACUUGCAUCUUAUCGACAUAUACAACGUGAUUGAAGCAGUGCGUGACGCUGGUCUGAACGCCGUGGAAUUAAAUGCUGGCAUUUCUGUGACCAGGGUGGAGAACCUGGUGUCUUCCCUCUUUAACCAGCUCAGCAAGCGCCUCCCCACCACCCACCGUAUUAAGCCACGAGAGAGUACUGUUCUGUUUGUUGAGUUCAUACUGGCUGCCAUUGAGAGUGAACCCGAGGGCCGACUAACAGUGUUCUCGGUGAAGGCGAUUCUGGCUGUGCUCUGCGGAGGGAAACUAGUGGACAAACUGCGCUAUGUGUUUUCUCAGGUCUCCGACUCCAGCGGUGUGAUGGUCCUGUCCAAAUUUGACCAUUUUCUGAUGGAGGCUCUCAAGUUGCCAUCAGCUGUCCAUGAACAACCAUCCUUUGGCUACACAAACAACAUGGUUCGCUCCUGUUUCCCGCAACAGAAGAGGGUUAUGCUCAACAUGUUCCUGGACAUCAUAUCUGACCCUCCUCCAUGUCUCGUCUGGCUGCCCCUCAUGCAUCGGCUUGCCAACGUGGAAAACGUCCAUCAUCCCAUCUCAUGUUCCUACUGUCGUAGUGACGGUAUGACAGGCUUCCGUUAUCGCUGUCUCCGUUGCAGAGGAUACCAGCUCUGCCAGAAUUGCUUCUGGCACGGCAAUGCCAACGGGUCUCAUAGCAGCCAGCAUCAGAUGAAGGAGCACUCAUCCUGGAGGUCACCUGCAACAAAACUUGGUCGAGCCCUGGGCAGAACUCUGGGUUGUGUAUCGUCCAGGGAACCCUCCCACCCAGUUUACCCAGAAGAACCUGAGAGGACCCUAAAUCUCGCUAACAUAGUCCCUUCUCAACCUAUUGCGAGCCCAAGUCCAGCCAUGCUGUUGUCUUCAUCAGCACCAGAGUCCAUCAAGAGCAGUUUGGCAGCAGCUCAGCGCAUGAAUGAGGAACACGCUUUGAUCGCCGCUUAUGUGAAUCGCCUUCAGCGCAGUCCACGCAGCAUACCGAUUCACAGCAGGCAAGAUGAGGAACACCAGCUCAUCGCCCGCUACACUUCUCGACUGGCAGAAACCGAAAGCUCCGGGGUGAUACCCACUCGAAGCAUUAACUUUGAUGUAAACAAACAGAAGAGGGAGCUCAUCGCUCAGCUGGAAUCCAAAAACAGAGAGAUUCUGGCAGAGAUCAAGCGUCUCCGUUCAGAACACGAUGCUGUGUGCCAACCCAGUCCAGAGAAGGGCAGCACCAACCCAACUCUCCUGGCUGAGCUUCGCCUCCUCAGGCAGAGGAAAGAUGAGUUGGAGCAGAGGAUGUCGGCUCUGCAAGAGAGCAGGAGAGAAUUGAUGGUCCAGCUGGAGGGACUGAUGAAGCUGCUCAAGGCGCAGGCCGCUGGAUCCUCUCAUGCUUUUCCUUCCCGGCCGAACCCUUCGCCUGGUCGCUCAGUUGGUACGGCGUCUCCGCAGAUGUAUUCGCCCCAAGACUCCCUUGCCGGUGUGGGGGGGAAUGUACAAGAAGCUUUUGCCCAAGGGCCUAGGAGAAACUUGAGGAAUGACCUUCUAGUUGCAGCUGACUCCAUUACCAAUACUGUGUCCUCACUGGUCAAAGAGCUUCAUUCUGAUGAUGGUCGUGAGGAAGAGGAGAGAUUGCUGAACGGGAAGGACAGAGCAGGUUAAAUUUCAUCGCAGGACAAAUAAAAGCAGCAGCAUGCUGUUUCGUCACAGCCAAAGAAGAAGAUAAAAUGGAAUGCAAGUGUCAAUCAAGGACUCAGAAUGCAGGACACCAAACCUCAGUCCACUUUCUGAGGUGUAGCUCUGGAUCAGUGUUUGUCUUGUCACUGUCAUUUUGCUUUUGUGUUGAUGUAAUCGAGCAUAGCCAAACAUAGCGUCGCUAAACAAGGAACUUGAAGCCUACUGAUUUGUACCUAAGUGCGUGCAUGCGUUAGCUUUUUUUUGGUGGGUGGGUGGGGGCACAAGAGGGCCAAGUAAGUGAGAAAGGGGUUUGUGAAUAGGAGGCAGAUGCGAUUGGGGAGCUUUAAUUCUCAGGAUGGAGAGACGAAAUGUAGUUCUGGGUGGGAGAAGAACAAGUAGGUCAACUGUUUAAAAAAAAAUGAGGAGAAAGGGCUGAGUUUCAGCACUGUGUGCUUUGCAUUUAUUUAUUUAUGCUUUAAUUUUUAACCAGUUAAUCGGUUGUUGUGAGAGUCUAUAUAUGUAUAUAAGAGUUGUCUGGCCCUGCUGAGACAAAAAUCUUGAAUAGGAUGUUUGAUGCUAUGUUAAGGCGACGUGAAUAACUCCACAGGUGCUCCUUCUAUAGCAGCUGAGCCUGUCUGUCCUGGUACUGAACUGAGAGAUGACAGUGUGGGAGUAUGUGUGCAUGCAAGGUAAAUAGAUAUUAUGAACUAUUUUAUGCAACAGCAAAGUGAGAGGAGACAUGAACCCAAAAAUGAAGCAUUUAACAUUUUACAACCAACAAGGCAAUUCUGCUGCCUCAAAGACAAAUGAUGCAUAAGCCAACUUAGAUUCCAAGAGAAAAACAUGUCCCGGUACAGGGGUACCUCUACUUACGAAAUUAAUUCGUUACGGAAGUCGUUUUUUUUUUAAGUAGAAGCGCAUUUUAUAUGUAAAUAGUAUAAUCCGUUGAGAGAAAACAUACGUACGAAUAGAAUGUACGUUUCUUGGGGUCCAUUGGUGAAGAAAAUGAAUAAGAAAUUUGUACUUCUCGGUGACAGUCAUGUGUCCAAAGGAAAUGCAAAGCAUCAUUAGUAAAAAUCGAGGUCCCUCCUAGUCAAUGGGAUACCAGGAAGAUGCUACGGUGACAGCCAUUGGGAGAGCAGCUCUAUUGCGCCACUUGCAAACCAAUAUAGAUGAGGUUUACGUUGGGUGGAAUUUGGGGGCUGCGAAUCCAGCUGCUAUUUUUUUCCUUUCGUAUCCUGAAUUUCCUUUGUAACUUGACAAUAUUUUUCUAAGGAGGUGUUUUGUAACCUGAAAUUUUCGUUACUAGAGACGUUCUUAAGUAGAGGUACCACUGUAUUUGUCAUUUUUACAUGACAAAUCAUUUCAGAACCUUAUUUUAACUGAUACAUUCAUUCAGUAGAAACCUUAAACACUGCUUGCUGUCCAUCUGCCAAAUGAACCAAGAAAAACGUUUCUCACCCUCUGCAGCCCAAAAGGACUCCUCACACUUUGCUACUUAACUGCCUUUUCAUUUCAAGCUUUCUGAACAAUGCAGUAGAUUUGUGGGAACGAUUAUGUCACUGUGGAUUUUAAGAUACCAAAAGCAACAGCAGUGCUUGACUGCGUGUCGGAACACUGAACCAAAGAACCAAGCUCGUGUGACUUCAGUAAUGUAAAGCAACAGUUUUGAACAGCUCUAAGAACAUUUGACAGACUGAUCAUUUACAGCUAUUGCUUCCAUGUUUCUAUACGGAUGGGAAUACUCCACAGUUCCCUCCUCACGGCACCCAUUUUCUCAUGUCUUUGCAUACACCAUAAUUAGAAUCUAUGAUUGUCCUCCUCCAUGGCCCAGAUCUAUAACUCACCAGAAUAGCUGUAACACCUGAAAUAGAGCAGGAUCGUCACGAUUAUCUUUCACGUGUGUCCUUUGCUGCAACAUAUGUAAAUGAUCCGUGUAAGAGGUGCUUAGCAACACCGACAGAGUGGACACAUCCUUACUUGAAACUGUAAAAAACGUCCGUGCUCAGCGUGUGAGUGGUGUGUGACAUGCAAUAAAUUCUAUUU